AUCCCCGCAUGGCGCUUGUUACCGUCUGCCGGUCUCCGUCGGGAAGCGGCCGCUCUACGCCCACCGGCGGCAAGGAUGAAGAUCUUCCCAGGAAGAGACAGCUGCAAAGACGACACAGCUUCGUCAUGGUCAAAGGAGCUGCUCUGCUUCUGCAAGAAGAAGAAAAGCUUGAGGCUUUGCAGGAGAGCCCAGCCCCUUCUGGCCACAAGCAGAGUGGGAAUGCUGCAGGACAGCAGGAGCUGCACUUGCAGCAAAUGGUGGAGCUGCUGCGGCCGCAAGAUACCAUCCGCCUGGCUGUGAGGCUGGAGUCGGCUCGAUCUCACAGAAUCCGGUACCUGCUGGUUGUGUCAGCACUGGAGAGGGAGAGCAAGAGUGAGAUGGUGCUGCUUGGAGUGGACUUUCCUGAAGAAAGCUCGGCUGCCUGCACUCUGGGGAUGGUGCUGCCACUCUGGAGUGACACCCAGGUCUUCCUUGAUGGCGAUGGGGGAUUCAGUGUGACAUCUGGGGGGCAGACACGUAUCUUUAAGCCCAUCUCUGUCCAGACUAUGUGGUCAGCACUGCAAGUACUGCACAAGGCAUGCAGUGAAGCACUCUGCUACAAUAAUUUCCCUGGUGGCAGUGCGUUGAGCUGGACUGAGUGGUACCAGAAGGCGGUGACCUCUGAGCAAAGUUGCAUUAAUGAGUGGCUGGCCAUGUCUGAUCUGGAGUCUGUGCGGCCCAGUUCUCCUGCAGUCUCCUCUGACCAGCCGACAGCACAGGAGAUGACAGAGCGGAUGAUCCGGGCCAAGCUGCGUGAGGUGAUGGCCACCACUGACCUGGAGAGCAUCACCUCCAAGGAGAUUCGCACAGAACUGGAGCACCGAGCUGGUUGCAGCCUGGAGGACUACAAGGAAUUUAUUGAUAAUGAGAUGUUGCUCAUCAUGGCUCAGAUGGAUCGGCCAUCCAGGAUGUUUGACCACCUCUAUCUGGGCUCUGAAUGGAAUGCAGCUAAUCUUGAGGAGCUUCAAAGGAACAACAUCAGCCACAUCCUCAAUGUAACCCGUGAGAUUGACAACUUCUUCCCAGAGCAUUUCACAUACAUGAAUGUGCGGCUCUAUGAUGAGGAAACUGCACAGCUACUGCCACACUGGAAGGAGACCUACAGUUUCAUUUCAGCUGCCCGGGUACAAGGCUUGCGGGUGCUGGUGCACUGCAAGAUGGGCGUGAGUCGCUCUGCCUCCACAGUCAUCGCCUAUACUAUGAAGGAAUACGGCUGGUCACUGGAACGGGCCCUUUGCCAUGUGCGGGAACGGCGUCCAAUCGUCCACCCUAAUCCAGGCUUCAUGAGACAGCUGGAGCUUUACCAGGGGAUUCUGGAUGCCAGCCGACAUAGCAGCCUGUGGGAACAAAAGGUGGAAGAUGCUCAGUCAGAAGUUUCUUCAGAUGUAAGUGAUGCCAGCAGUGAUCCUUCUGGAAGCCCAGACUAUGAGACAAUAAGCUCAGAAGAAGAACCAGAGGAGCCAGUGACAACCCCCCAGUAUUGCUUUCGACCUCUGCAGGAACCUCCUGAAGAACCCAACUGGCCUUUAGACCUACCUGAUGCCACCAGACUUAGUCUUCUGGAGACAGAGGAGCCUGGGGCAUCAGACGACUCAGGGGCUGAGGAAGUGCGAAGACACCUGGCUACAAUGAGAGUAUCAGAGCAGUCAGUCCAGCCCCGACGAGAGCGCAUUAACCUCUACGCAGUCAUGCGCAGCAUCAGUGAGAUGGAUAGCCCAGAACACAUCCCCAUGCCAGUGUGUGCCACAGAAGAGGUAAGGGUGUUUCUUCAUUCUGAGAGGAAAUCCCCUGUCACUUCCACAUCAUCCCCCUCAAAUGAAGAGAAAUUAAGAUCAGCAAAAGACUCUACAGCGAAACAAGGCUUGCCAGAAAAAGAAUGGGUGCAGUGUCGCAAGCCUGGACGCCAUGGGCGUAAGGCUAAGAGCCAUUCCCAGCUCUGCAAGCAGCUCUCAUACCACCCAGCAAAAGGCCGGGUGCGUAAAGUUGUCAGGCGCAUGGAAGGCCCCGUCCCAUUCUGCCACAAGCCCCCCUUACAGCACCGCCUCUCUGUGGCCCAACUGGCUGAUGCUGCCCUGGUGGUGAGCCGGGCCAAGGAGUUUGAGGGACAUACAGAUCCUGAAAGCCCUGAUCAGCUCAAGUCGCCCUCUCCACAAGAUCCCCAACCUGGUGAAGACAAUGCCCUAAGUCCUGGAUCUGGCUCUCGAUCCUGGCGGAUGGUGCGGCAGACCAGCAUAGACAUGGAUCCCAGCUCAGGAUGAAGACUUGUCUCUGCCUUCCCCCUCAUAUACUGUUGUUAAGUGGAGUGGUGCACGGAGCCCAGAGGCUGAA